GUAGGCAUCCCAGUGACCGAAAUCGCCAUUGCUGCCCAGCAACUGGGCAUCAGAUACGUCGGGAUGAGGAAUGAGCAAGCGGCCCUUGAUUGUGAUUGGCGGUUCCUCUGAAAGAAGUCAGGAGACAAUGGGGGCCUUCCAGGAGUUCCCUCAGGUUGAAGCUUGUAGGUUAUAUAGUAAGUUCUCUGUCCGGCCAAGCAGCAUAGCAGCUAUUCCAUCUGUCAUCGAAAAGGCGGUAAGGAGCAGUAUUUACGGCCGUCCAGGUGCUUGCUAUGUUGACAUACCUGCAGAUUUUGUGACUCUCCAGGUGAAUGUGAAUUCUAUAAAGUAUGUGGAGUGUUGCAUGCCACCUCCUGUUAGUAUGGCAGAAGCUUCUGCUGUGCAUAGGGCAGCCUCUGUCAUUAGGAAUGCCAAGCGUCCCCUUCUGAUCAUCGGGAAAGGUGCUGCUUAUGCCCGUGCAGAGGAGGGACUCAGGAAAUUGGUGGAGCAGUGUAAAUUGCCAUUUUUGCCCACCCCCAUGGGAAAGGGUGUUAUCCCUGACAAUCAUCCAAAUUGUGUAGGUGCUGCCAGAUCCAGGGCUUUGCAGUUUGCUGAUGUAAUCGUGUUAUUUGGUGCCAGAUUAAAUUGGAUAUUGCAUUUUGGAGUGCCUCCAAGAUAUCAGCCAGAUGUAAAGUUUAUCCAGGUUGAUAUCUGUGCAGAAGAACUGGGGAAUAAUGUAAGACCUGCUGUGACCUUGCUUGGAGACAUAAAUGCUGUCACUAAACAGCUUUUAGAGCAGUUUGACAAAACACAGUGGCAGUAUCCUCCAGAAAGCAGCUGGUGGAAAAAUCUGAGAGAAAAAAUGAAGAGCAACGAAGCUGCAUCCAAGGAAUUAGCUUCCCAAAACUCCCUGCCUAUGAAUUAUUACACAGUGUUCUACCACGUUCAAGAACAGCUGCCCAGAGAUUGUAUUGUGGUAAGUGAAGGAGCAAAUACUAUGGAUAUCGGACGCACGGUGCUUCAGAACUGCCUUCCUCGGCACAGGCUUGACGCUGGUACGUUUGGAACAAUGGGCGUCGGUCUGGGAUUUGCCAUUGCAGCUGCCAUAGUGGCUAAAGAUAGAAACCCGGGGCAGCGGGUCAUCUGUGUGGAAGGAGACAGUGCAUUUGGGUUUUCUGGCAUGGAAGUGGAGACCAUCUGCAGGUACAACUUGCCAAUUGUACUUUUGGUGGUGAACAAUAAUGGAAUUUACCAAGGUGUUGAUAAAGAUUCUUGGAAGGAAAUGCUAAAGUUUGGAGAUGCGACGGCUGUGGCCCCUCCAGUGUGUCUUCUGCCGAAUUCACAUUACGAGCAGGUCAUGACUGCAUUUGGAGGCACAGGGUAUUUUGUGCAAACACAAGAAGAACUCCAGAAAUCCCUGAGGCAAAGCUUGGCGGACACAACCAAACCCUCCCUUCUCAACAUCAUGAUUGAGCCGCAGGCCACGCGGAAAGCCCAGGAUUUUCACUGGCUGACCCGCUCUAAUUUGUAAAUAAGGAUGCCAUAAGUGGUCUUCAGAAGUUUUCUCUUUCCUGUAAGAUGGAAUUUUCUUUCCUACAGCAAAAGUUGUUGUACAAAGAAAAAUAAGAAACACUUCUAAAUGACAUUAUAUAAUAAAGUAGUUGGUUAAAAACAGAAAAAGUUACAGUAUUCAACCACAGAAAUAACCAUGUACAGAUGAAAGAGAAAGGGUUUUAUUAAAUAGUAGGAUUGUUACUGCCUAACCACUGAGUUAGCACAGUAUUCUUUUAAGAAAUGCAUUCUUAAAAUCAUUUAUCUUUUAAAAUCAUUUUUGAAGAAUAAAGCUUGGAGUACAUAGGCUAUUUCUUCUUCAUAUUUUAUUUGUUGACCACUUUGUACUUAGUCUCCCCAGGAUUUAAUGGGGCUUAUUUGAUACUUGUUGAGUUGGAGUUUUGUUUUGUUUUCCUUUUUCUGGAAAGAAUUUAUUGAGCCACAGGAAAAGUCACACCACACCAAAACUAAUAAUUUCAGGGUAUGUUUGGAUUAGCAAUCUUUGUUUAUGUGUACUGCAUCAAGAUCAACAGUCAACAGCCUUAAUAUAUAAAGAACUCCUGUAAAUAAGAAAAAUAUUAAUGUAUUAAGGUACUAGUGGAAAAGUGGGUAAAGGACAUAAAUAUAUAAUCAACAGAAAAAAUACAA